AUGCCAGCCCUGGAGCUUCCAGUGGGCGAUCAACCGGGCUGGGAAUGCAACGAAGAGAAUCAAUCGUCUCUCAAAACCGUAGCUGAAAGGCAAGCAGGCCCCGGUGUUGUCUUAUGUGCCCUUCGCCAAUCAAGAGAUCGUCUUAUCUUCAAGACUUUCCCGAGAUUCACUAGCCGACCUGGCAAGAUACCCCCACCCCCCUCUCAUACCCUCCAGCGACGCGCAAGGUGCAACGUUGAGAUUGGCCCCCAUUCCUUCGACGAUGUUGCCUUCUACGAAGUUCAUUACCAGGACCAAUUCCCAACAUUAUCUUAUAAUGGUCCAUCACCCGUUCCCUUGAGCCUUCGCGCCUCGAGUACAGCGGCUCCAGCACCGAAUCCUGCUUACGACCCGCAAAGCUGGAAGACAUCCCCCUACCCUGAUCAUGCCUUGCUGACUAUGUCGGCUGGGCAGCUCAAGCGCGCAUAUGAGGUACCUGAUGCCGCCGACAACCAUGACGGACCGACUGCACUCCCAUCUGCAAGCCCGUCUCGUGCGACCAGCUCGCUACCUGCGCCUGCUGAGAAUCCCAUGUCCCCAGCGUCCCAACCCACAGGAAUCACUCAGUCUCUCAUCCACCAAGUCGCUGCUGCUGCAGCGUGCGAUGAACAUCUGGGCAAUAUCGUUGCUGCCGCAUCACAGGGUACAGCGACCCCCGACCAACUACGAGAGCUCAGCAAAGCCGUGAGGGAGCUCAAGCGUGCAUCUCCCGCAUCUUCUGCACCCGGACCACCACCUCCCAACCGUCCUCAGGACUCUAUGCAAACACGAUAUCCUCCUGUACCACAAUCGCCUCAACCCCAGCAGCCCGUGCCCCAAGUAAUGUCCACUCAGUCGAUACAUGCAACGCAACCUUUGGUCAGGGAAUUUGACAUUGCGAUUGAGUUUAGCGAGGCCAUAGGCGAGAGGUUUAUUGUCCCUCGGGGACCUACGGUCUGUAAAUUGUUGUCACAAAGUUCUACGUCCGCUGGUAUGACAUACGACAUCGAGCUCACGGUUACGACGAUACCAAACGAAUCCGACGCGCCCCAGCUCGUUGUGCUGCACUUGACGGAAGCCCCGAGCGCUCUGUGGGAUACGGUGCGGCGUUGGGCCGGCGACGAGAUCACCCAAGAGAGGAAUAAAGCCAUUGUCGAGCAGAUGAAGCAGAAACCGCCAUGCUUUCUAGCCCACCAGCUCAAGAAGAACGACACCCUCUUAUCUCGCAUUCAAUCAUCUAUUAACGCCAAUUCCACGUACCCCAUGAGGAACAUAGCAUGGGAUCAGAACUUUGGACGCGCCAAGCGCCAGCGAGUGCAGGAAAGACCUGUUACAAGUACGAGGCCAGACACCACCGAGUUUGUUCGAGGGCAGCGGGACCCGUUUGGGAUGUAUACACCUCCUGGCGACAAUCCGGCCUUUGCGAACGAACCCGCAUUCUGGAAAGCCUCUACGGUUCACCAAAGCGCCCGAUCUCAGGAAAAGCGUAAGACCAACGCCGCCAUCGCCUUGGCCGACAUUCAGCGUGGGCCACCACAGGGUAAAAGCAGCGCUCCGCCAACUACACCGCCCACUCCCGCUCCUGCUGUGCCCGUCUCCGAGGUGAUCACGCUGGUGCGACCAUACGAGCAGAGCGCGAAUUCUCAUCGCCCCGGUGACUACCAUAACUCUGCCUCCAAGGUCGUAAUGCACGUCAGCCCUCGGCGAUUUCAAGGUGCGCCCGAAAGUACGCGGGAAACUGGUCCAGUAGGUGAAGCACGAGCUCCUCCGACCGCGCCGUAUGCGGCGUCUUCUUCGACAUCCCACCCCGCCCUGCACCAAACGGCCGACGCAUCGCAGUCUCUUUCGCCGAAUUCCCCAAACCCAGCUUCGUCGAGCGCUGCGCCGCCUGCGAAGCGCCAGCGCCGGGAUGACGCAGCGAGAAUUAACCUGUCGCAGACUUCUCCUAUCUGCUGCUUCUCCUGCCAGCGGACCAAUGUUCCUCUCAUCAUGGCUGGCCGAUUCUGCCGCCAGUGCGUUGAGUCUGGCCGCGCGGUAAACGACAUCCCGCCCGAACCGAAGUACAUCUACUCCACACCAGCCACCUAUGCUGCUCAGGCGUCUGCUGGCUUACGUUCGGCGGGCUCUGGUGAAGCUCAGAGUCAGAUAUAUGGCGGAAAGUCCCGACCCCCACCGCGGGAGCGCGCCAUUCCAGCAUCACCGGCGUCCGCUUCUUUGCAUGCAGAAGAUCACGAUCGCAGCAGGGGAGGAUCUUCGUCGGUCGUUCCGGUAUCGCAUGUGGAUGCCAGCCAUAGAGCUACCCCUCGCCUGGGCUCUGGCGUCGAGUCUUAUGACCAGGGCGUACCCUCUAGCGGUCCCGCCUGACUUCUAUGACUUCUAUUCGAAUGACCAGCGAUGCUUGACGACUCCCGCUUGUUCACUUCGUCCCACCGCAAGCCCGCCCCCUACUCAAAACACAUCAAGGGUACUCUUAGCGAGGGGAGAUGGGAGGAUGAAGAAAUUCGAUAACGCCCCAACCCUGACUUCGCCAUAAUUGCUCCCCUCGCAAAUCGAACAUACCCACCUCCGGGACCUGCCGCGAAGCACUUCGGAUUCUCAGCCUAAAAUUGAGGGGUGGCGAGGCUGCCCAGGACCAAUCCAGGACCGUCCAUCGAGACGUAAAUCCAUCAAGUCUUUCCAGUGCAGGGGGCAGGACGUAAACGGUGCGGUCAGCCAUGAGAUGGCGAUCUCGCUUGCGGCAGAUAUGGCUCGCGGGCCACGAGCCGCCGGGACCGGCGGCAGCGAGGAUGGCUGGUGAUCGUGACUCCUGGUUAAGGA